GGGUGUCGAUAUGGGAGUCGCUGAGGGGGUGCGGGAUCCCGGGAAAGGGGGUCGACAAGGAGGAGCUGCGGCGGAGGGUGGUGAUCCCCGAGCGCCUCCGCGCGGCGAUGGCGGCGGCGAUGCGGGAGAAGGGCGUCGGCGCCGGGCUCUCCGCGGCGGCGGCGGCGGCGGCGCCGGGGGAGGAGGCGGCGCCGGAGGCGCCCAUCGUCGUCUUCGUCAACUCCCGCAGCGGUGGGAGGCACGGCCCCGCCCUCACUCUCCGCCUCCGAGAGCUCAUCAGCGAGGAACAGGUCUUUGAUCUUUCAGUCACAAAGCCCCCUGAUUUCGUCCGCUACGGUUUGAUGUGCUUGGAGAAGUUGGCUGAUCAAGGAGAUCUCUGCGCAAAGGCCACUCGCGAGAAGUUGAGGGUUAUGGUUGCAGGAGGUGAUGGCACAGUUGGAUGGGUGUUAGGAAGUUUUACCGAACUUCAUGUGAUGAAAAGGGAACCGGUUCCUCCGACCGGCAUUAUUCCACUUGGAACAGGCAAUGACCUUUCCAGGACUUUUGGCUGGGGUGGUUCUUUUCCUUUUGGAUGGCGUGCAGCAGUAAAGCGUUCACUCUACAAGGCGAUUAAUGCUCCUGUUCGCCGUCUUGAUAGUUGGCGAGUUGUAGUUGUCAUGCCAGGAGGAGAAUUAGUAGAACGGCCAUACUCACUCAGUCCGACAGAACAGUUUGAUUCUACUCAGGUUAUGGACAUAUCAGGAGAAAUGCCUGAAAAAUCUUCUUGCUAUGAAGGAGUAUUCUAUAACUAUUUGAGCAUUGGAAUGGAUGCUCAAGUUGCAUAUGGUUUCCACCAUCUUCGAGAUGAGAAACCAUACCUUGCGCAGGGACCAAUUUCAAAUAAAUUGAUAUAUUCUGGAUAUAGCUGCACUCAGGGGUGGUUUUGUACACCUUGUAUCAGCACUCCAGGCUUAAGGGGCCUUAAUAAUAUUUUGCGUCUUUAUGUGAAAAAGGUCAACUGCUCAGAAUGGGAGCAAAUCUCUAUUCCAUCAAGUGUUAGGGCAAUUGUGGUGUUAAAUCUCAACAAUUAUGGAAGCGGAAGACAUCCUUGGGGUGAUCUUAAGCCUGAAUAUCUAGAGAAGAGAGGCUUUGUCGAAGCACAUGUGGAUGAUGGGUUGCUCGAAAUUUUUGGGCUAAAGCAAGGAUGGCACGCUUCAUUGGUCAUGACUGAACUAAUUUCUGCGAAACACAUGGCUCAGGCUGCUGCAGUCAAAUUGGAAAUGAGAGGCGGCCAGUGGAGCCGAGCUUACUUGCAGAUGGAUGGAGAACCAUGGAAGCAACCAUUAAGCAAUGAGUACUCUACGAUUGUGGAGAUAAAGAAAGUCCCUUUUCACUCGCUUAUGCUUAGUGGGGAAUGAUUUCAUCAUUAAUCAGGGAAGCCGACCGUCAAUUUAUGCAGGGCAUGUUGCUGUUAGGGAUAUAAUGUGGAGGCGAGCCAGCGAAAGCCUUUAUGGUUAUAAGGCCUCCAUUCAGGCAAGAAGGGUAAAAUGCUUUGUUGUAAAAUUUCAUAUGUAGAAAUAGAUUUGAUCAGUAGCUUUUCAGCAUCUAUUUGAUUUUGUAUCAUGCUAUUGUGUUUCGUAAUAUACCUGUCACGUGCAUGAUUCAAGAGUUAAAAAGUUUUCUAAAAUA